AAGAGAUGGGAAAUUAUUUUACGAUGAUUUAACUUUUUAUUCUAAUAUUAAUUAGUGUGCACGUAAUUUUAAUAAUCUUUUACUGUAUAUCUUCAACGUCGAUGUUUUUAUUGUGAUAAAACGUAUUUACAAGUUUUGGAAAAAAUGAGCGAAUAAACGCAGUUUUUCACCUUUUUAUAAUGCACAAUUUGCGUCUAAUCACCGUUUAUUGUACUAAUUUUGUAACUAAUGCACCAGAUAAUUAAAUCCAGUAUAAUUUAGUGUUUAUUAUAAAGUUAGAACUUGUAAUAUUUAGAUAAAUUGACCCUGGGCGUAACCUUUUAACUUUCGGGGUUGAGGCGACGCGAAUAUGAUAUUUUACGCGUUUUUCUGAAAUAUAGUGUAUUGUGUUAGUGGUAAAAAUGGCUGAAGACGAGGUCCUGUUCGAUGAUGUGUAUGAGCUAUGUGAAAUUAUUGGCAAGGGACCAUUCAGCCUUGUUCGUCGAUGUGUGCACCGGCAAACAGGACAGCAGUUUGCUGUGAAGAUUGUGGAUGUAGCUCGUUUUACAGCUAGUCCUGGAUUAAGCACCGCUGACUUAAAAAGAGAAGCUACAAUAUGCCACAUGCUCAAACAUCCUCACAUUGUGGAACUUCUAGAGACCUACAGUUCCGAGGGGAUGCUGUAUAUGGUUUUCGAAUAUAUGGAUGGAUCUGAUUUAUGUUUUGAAGUGGUUCGUCGGGCCACAGCUGGAUUUGUCUACAGUGAAGCCGUAGCAUGUCACUACAUGCGUCAGAUCCUGGAGGCGCUCCGCUACUGCCACGAGAACGACAUCGUGCACCGCGACGUGCGGCCGCACUGCGUGCUGCUGGCGGGCCGCGACAACUGCGCGCCCGUCAAGCUCGGCGGGUUCGGCGUCGCCGCGCAGCUGCCCACGCCCACCGCGCACCGCGCGCCGCCCGAACUGGUGAUGGACAAUCGACCACUAGUGGGUCCUAUGGGCCAAGCAUAUCUCAAAUCAGAUGAGUAUGGUCGCAUUGGGACUCCGCACUACAUGGCGCCGGAAGUAGUUUCGAGUCAAUUGUACGGGAAACCAGUGGAUGUAUGGGCAGCUGGAAUUUUACUGCACGUUUUGCUCGUGGGCUACUUGCCAUUCACUGGGACGAGGGAGCGGCUGUUUGAAGCUAUUUGUCGCGGCAGAUUACGCUUCGAUGCGCCUCUUUGGGACGACAUAAGUGAUGCUGCCAAAGAUCUGGUGCAGCGCAUGCUGACGGUCGACCACACACAAAGAAUUAAUAUACAAGAAGUUCUAAACCACCGAUGGAUCAGGGAUCGCGACAAGCAGAACCGCAUUCACCUGUCGGGCACGGUGGAGGAGCUGAAGAAGUUCAACAGCCGGCGGCGGCUGCGCGCCGCGACGCUGGCGGCCGCGUCCGUGGACGACGACGACGACGACGAGCAGCCCGCGCGCCGCCAGGUGCUCGUGGAGGAGGCCAACGCGGCGGCUGUUAACCUUAUAGUAGAAUCGCUAGAUGAUGUAGCGGUCCUUCAAGAUGGACCACCAUUUAUGGACCCGGACCUGUUCCACAGCGUGUUGGAUGAUCUGCAAUUACGAUCUUUACUAGAAGUGUACGACCGCAUCGCGUGCACGGUGGUGGUGACGAGCGGGCGCGCGCCGGCGGCGGAGGGCCGCGCGCGCGCGCGCGCCGCGCUCGAGGCGGCCGCGCGCCUGCGCUCCGGCGCCGCGCCCGCCAGCGCCGCCGCCGUGCACGACCUGCGCCGCCUGCUCGCCGCGCCGCAUGUCAAGGCCCUACUACAAGCACACGAUGUGGUCGCGCGUGAGGUGUACGGCGAAGAAUCGCUGCGGGCUUCUCCGCCUCCUGUCAACGGCAGAGCUCAGCCUCCGACCGAAGAGGAGGAUGACACUGAACCCGAGUUUGAAAACGUGACCAGAGUGCGCCUCGUACAGUUCCAGAAGAACACCGAUGAACCCAUGGGUAUAACGUUGAAGCUAGCAGAUGACGGUCGGUGCAUCGUGGCACGCAUUAUGCACGGUGGCAUGAUUCAUAGACAGGCUACAUUGCACGUUGGCGAUGAGAUCAAGGAAAUCAACGGGACGCCCGUCGCUAAUCAGUCCGUUGCACAACUUCAAAGGAUGCUGCGAGAAGCUCGCGGUUCAGUAACGUUCAAGAUAGUACCGUCGUAUCGAUCUGCUCCGCCUCCUUGCGAGCUAUUCCGGAUAAAGCCUUCGCCCGUGCUAAUAUUCGUAAGAGCACAAUUCGACUAUGAUCCUUUGGAAGAUGAGCUCAUACCUUGUGCACAAGCAGGCAUAGCCUUUAACACCGGAGACAUAUUGCAGAUUAUAAGCAAAGAUGAUUCUCAUUGGUGGCAAGCUAGGAAAGAUGCUUCAGGUGGUUCCGCUGGUCUCAUCCCGAGCCCAGAGCUCCAAGAAUGGAGAGCAGCUUGUGCAGCAGCAGAAAGAUCUAAUACGGAUCAAGUCGGAGCUGAAGGCUGCGUGUCGCAUACCGAUGGAUGCGAGAAUACAGUCAAUUGUUCGAUAUUUGGACGAAAGAAAAAACAAGCAAAGGAUAAAUAUUUGGCGAAACACAAUGCCGUCUUUGAUCAGCUCGAUGUUGUUACUUAUGAAGAAGUUGUUAAACUUCCCUCUUUCCAAAGAAAGACCAUAGUGCUUUUGGGUGCACAUGGAGUCGGUCGUCGUCAUAUCAAGAAUACGCUCAUUGCGCGUCAUCCCGACCAAUAUGCUUAUCCUAUACCACAUACGACUAGACCACCCCGUACCGAUGAAGAAAACGGCAGACACUACUACUUCGUAACACACGAUGAAAUGAUGGCUGAUAUUGCUGCUAAUGAAUAUUUAGAAUACGGAACCCACGAAGACGCAAUGUACGGAACUAAACUGGAAACUAUCCGCCGUAUCCACUCGGAGCGUCGUAUCGCCAUCCUGGACGUGGAGCCUCAAGCGUUGAAGAUCUUACGCACUGCAGAGUUUGCGCCGUACGUCGUGUUCGUCGCAGCACCGUCUUUGAACAACGUUGCUGAUUACGACGGUUCUCUGGAGGUGCUGGCCCGGGAGUCCGACCAGCUCCGCCGCACGUACGGCCACUACUUCGACAUGUCCAUCGUCAACAACGACAUCGACGACACGCUCGGGCAGCUGGAGGCCGCGCUCGCCAGGAUGCGCUCGUCGCCGCAGUGGGUGCCCGUCUCCUGGGUGUAUUGACCUACCGACUGCUACCUGUAAGUCAAACCGCCGUUCUGAAAUAGACUUUAUUCCGCUUACCUUACAGUUACUUGUUAAACGUAUCGACGUGUCGUGACGUUACAUUUUGGACUUUGGAAUUAAAGUACAUUUUCGUUUUUGUAUGUAUUCAAUCGACAUGUCGUUUGCUUAUAUAUCAAAUUGAAGUGGUUCCCCCAGGGAUGCUUGGAUUCUCGUUGACGAUCUAAAAUAGAUUUGAUAUUACGCCUAUAGUUUAAUUUUAAUCUAUUUCUCGUUACGACGAUAAUCUCAAUUUCAAUCUAAAUAGACUAAUAAAGUUUUGUAAUAAAGUUUUUUUUUUUUCAAAUGUUCCGACAUUUCUCUUGUAAUACUGGAGAUCGUUCUAUUACAAUGGAUGAUCAAAUAAUCUAAUGACUGUUACUCUCAAUGUCGAUCUGAAAUAGAUCUUAUUACCCAAGUAAAAAGAUUCAUUUUGAUUAUCCAUUUUAACUUCGAUCGUUUGACUUUUGUUCCUUGUCAUUGUCUUUUUCAAAAAAUUAAAAAAAAAUCAAAGUCAAAAAUAUUCAAAUUGCAGUAUUUUAAUUUGAAUACCAUAAUAAUACAUCGACAUGUCGAUUUACAAUUGUUUUAAGCUAAAAUAGAUUUUUAUAAUUGUGUGUUAAGGUACAAAUUCAAAUGUAAUAUUUAGUGCCAUAUUUUAUAAUACGCAAAAGAAAGGUUGUUUUUUUUUUUGUAAAUGAUAAAAUAGAUUCCAGCAAAUGAUAAAGUCUAUUUCAUGAGAGAAAAAUUGACCGAAGGAUUAAAAUUUAAAAAUUGAACAUUAAAGAUGAGAAUACAACGAUGUUUAAAAAAAAUUUAGAGGUGUGAAGUUUUUCGUCACAAGUUAUAGGAACUUAUCACACUUUAAAUAAUUGGCACACUGGCACAUUGGAAAAGUCUUUCGAAUUAUUGUAACAAUAAAAAAAAAAAUGUAUAAUUUAAAAAUCCAUUACAUUGAAAAUAAUGAUUAAGGGUAUGUUUAGUAAAAACGGGCGUGGGCAUAUAUUAAAACAGAAAGCAUUGUUAAAAGACCUUUUUUUAUUUGUUACUUAACCAAAAAGUAUUAUACUUUAUAUAUUUUGUGAUAAAACAUCGUUAUUAUUUAAUUAUUUAUUUAUAUUAUGCGUUAAUUUAUUGUUCUUAAAUUAUUGUUUGCGUAACAGUCGAGUCUUGAUUUGGUGCAACACCGCUCAAAACAUUUUGUGCCAAAUAAUGACUGGUAUCACAAGAACAAUUCAUCACACUGUUCAAUGAUUUUUAGAACAAUGUACAUAAUUAUACAUUAGUAGGUAAUUUACAAGGAGGAAAUAAUUAAAUGAAUAACUCUUUAGAGUGUACUGUAGCUCAAAUGUUUAUUUCAAUAUUUAAUUGUAAGAUCUAUCCUAUUAUAAGUAACGAUACGGUUGUCCAACUGAGAUACAAUAUUAAAAACACGUCAAUUUGAUUUAGACCUUUAAAAUGUCACGUGACUUCAUUAAUCUCGACUUAUUAACAGAAUACAACGUCGAAUACGAAAACUAGAUACCUUAUUGUAAUAAUUAUUAAUGAGAUGACAUGUGUAAUGACUUAUUAUUAGAAUAUAUUCAAAUUUAAUGGCAACACUGAAAUAUGAAAGUGUUAACUGUGUGGAAAUUUUAAAACACUAAAAGUAUCUAUUGUUUCUUAGUUGGGGAACUUUUUGACUAAUUAUAUCACAGGUUUUUAGAAGUCACAGGGUCGCAAAAACAUUGUAGUGUAUCGCUUUUGUUUAAACUGAUGUAUUUAUUGUUUAUUAUAUAUGUAUGUUUAAAUUGACAUCUUCCUGAAACUGCAACAGGAAAUAUAUAAGUUGUUGAUAUCUUUGGAGUAAAAAUCUUUGAUUUUAGAUGAUAUCGGGUAUUUAUGUAAAUCGUUUUAAUAUUAAACAUCGUUUGAUUCAUUCCCCUUUCCUUGAUAAUGUAAACUUUUUAAGUAAAUUUGUUAUUUCAAUUAGGCGAUCAACUAAAACGUAUCCUGAUUUUUUGUGAAAAUUACUAUAUUUUGUGGUAUAAAUAAUAAUUUUGGAAAAAUUAGAAACGUUUGAUUAAAUAUUUCCAUAAAUAAAUAUAAAAUAAGGUUAUUUUUAAAGUUUUGGUCGCCUUUUUGAAAUACUCAUUCAAAUUCUCGCCUUUUGCACAUUUGCAUUCCUGUAAAGAUACUACCUUGUAGCUGAAUUUUAAUAUAUAAUUCACUUUCACUAUUGUUACUUUAAGUAGUUUUAGGGGGUAAGGUCAGAAGAAAAAAAAAGUUACAUUUUGUUUGAAAUUUAAAGUGCGGGUAAUUUACCUCGUUUGCUCAACGUAGUAAUCCGACUGCUCAGAUUUAUAAAGAAAUCGAUAUAAGCAAAAAAAAAAUCCAUUUCUUUGGUUUUCACUUGAACAAAACUUGAUUAUAAUUUAUUUAUCCGUUCGAAUACUCGCACUUGAAAAUUUCGUAUUGUUACUCGUCUAAAAAUAUUCCAAAAUUAUUUUCUUUUUGUAGUUAUCAUUUUAAAUUGUCACUAUUAGACCACUAAUAGUCGAAACAAUUCACUAAUAGUCAAUAAAUAAUAAUUAACUAUAGCUAUACAGUUUCUUUACAUAUUUGUUAAAAAUAAUGUUUUCAAAUCUUAAAAUGUUUCAUAAUGUAAGGAGUCAGAUAAGAUUUAAUAUAGUUAAAAUUAAUAUAUUAUACAUGAAUUUAUUAAUAGGUGUGUGACGUAAUGGCGUGCGAGUAGCACUGGUUUGACUUUGGAUAGUAUUGCCAUAUUAAAAAAAUAAUUUAUUUUAAUUUAAAUAUGAAGUUGCGGUUACUUUAUUGCAUUAUAUUUUCUUUGAAACAGACGGUAGAUAAUCUAUAAAUUCCGUCAUUCAUAUAUCGCUUAAUCUUAUAUACAUAUAUUAUUUUAUAGCAACAAAUAUAUGAAAUA